UGUCAUUGUCGUCCCGUAGUCUCGCGGAGUAUUAAAAAGUUCACAUAAGCUGCGGAAAUUUGAAGCUAAUCGACAGAGUAGCCAGGAAUCUGAAAAAAACUUACAUACACAACUAACUGAUAAACUCGUUGAAAAAUAGUGAAUGAUCUCCAACUUCUUGAAUUGAAUCAAACUUUUUUUUCAACAUCGCAAGGAGGGUUAUCAAAAUCCCUCCUAUCAGCAAGCACCAAGAAGGCACCAACAUUUCAUUUGAGGAGCAAGGCGAAUUUUCAUUACCUGAACAAUGGAAUCAAGUGGCAAAGGAGUCAUUUGCUACUCAUGGCGUGAGACCCAAGGUGCCGGAAAGAGCUGUUUGCCUUUCCGCAAAAAUGGACAGUACAUCUUCAAAACUAGAAGUGUUUCCAUUACUGAGUCCAGUAAUGGAAUCCGAAUUACUGAAGGAAACUUGGCCUCCCCCAGCGUAUUCUCAAAGCAAAGUGACUACUGGAUCAACUCAAUCGUUCUGGGAAGAAGACUUUCAGGAUCUAAGCGAUUGGUGCGUGGAUACUCAAAGUAUAAGACAAUCCCAUAUACCGUGUCUUCCACACGAAGUGCACGGCUAUCAUUUAGGUGAAGAUACUGCAUUAGAGAAAUCGGGAGUGAAGAAUUACGACAAAUUAUCUCUUAAUAAAUCAGAAUUCGAAAGCAUCACAGAAGCAGGUGAUACCUGGCCUGUAGAGAACAUCGAAUCUACAAAGAUGUCUUUCGGAGGGUCUGAGCCCUUGGGGCAAAAUCAGUUCAAUAUCGUAACAGAUAUAUCGGAUGUUUGGUUGGAUCUGCUACCAACAACUAGCAUAAAUGAACAGCAAACGAUAGAUGAUACGAGGUUGAUUCUAACAGAAAAUAACAAGGUUCCAGAUACAUUACAUAACUUGGAUCAAAACAGUGAAACUAUAAAAACUUGGCUUCCUAUCAUAGGAGAUAAUCACAAUAUUCAAUGUGACGAAUUAGUCACCAACAAUCAAUGCAACAAUUUAUUAAUAGAUAGCUAUCAACUGGCUGAUGAUCACUCCACUGAUGAUAAAGAUGAUAAAAACGCUCUGAACGAUACUUUACUAACAAGUGAUAUCGGAAUUGAAUCAUUUGACUUGUUAUCAUAUGUUUUUGACGAGGUAGGGAACAAUAUCACCGAAGAACCCAAAGACACAACGUCGAUGACUGCAUCUCACCAAGUUGAGGAUGAUAACAAAAGCAAACCUCACACAGGAAGGAGACUCAAUAAAACUAGAUCAAAGGCUGAGCCUUAUGUGCCGCCACUAAAAAUUACCAUAAAAAAAGAAAAGUUGCCAGUCAAGAAAAGAAGGAUGUCUAAACAAGCGGAGAUUAGCCAUUAUACAGAUAGUGAAUCGGAUGCCCCAACAUUAGAUUUUAAUUACAGAGAUCUAAGAGAAAAAAAUAACAAAGCUUCACGGAAAUCUAGAAUUAAUAAAAAAGUCAAAGAAUCUGAAAUGAUGAUGACAGCAAUCAACCUUGAAAGAGAUAAUGCAGUCUUGAAGAUGAAAGUCGUGGAGCUGGAAAAACUAGUAACAACGAUGCGAACAGCUCUACUACAGUGUGCGUUAAAGAAGGAAACUUAAAACUCUGAUUACUGAAUGUUACAUAACACAUGCACAUGUAUAGUUCAAGAUUUUUGCAUAUGAAAAUGCAUCACUUGCCGUGUAGGUUGAAACAGAGAAUUUGUCAACUAAUCAUUGUUUGAAUAGUCUUAAUUAGUUUACUAAUAUUAGUCAUUACGACAUUCUCUCACGAAUUAUGUGUUUCCAACCAUUUGAAUGUAUGAUCAUCAUUAUUUGAUUAUAAUAUUGCACUUAACUUUAUCUAAAAUAUGAAAAUUGCAUUAAUGGGUAUUGGUUCUCUUAAAUGUACAUACUAACACGACAAUUUGUCUUUAUGCGUUGUAACGAUUUGAAUAAAAAGCAUUAUGUACUUGCAAAAUCA